AUGCUCAUGACAGAGACUGCUGCGUCGGCGCAAUUUUAUCCUCAGAAGAACAAUACCCAGUACGCGCGCAAGAGAUUGCCGCACGACCAACCCCUCGACUACCACGCCGAAACAGACCCGAGUCACUUGACAGCCACUUCCAACAUGAAUGGCAUUGCGGGCACUGCCCCACAGGGCAACAUGUACGUCCGCGCCCUGUACGACUACGAAGCGGAGGAUCGAACGAGCUUGACCUUCAACGAAGGCGACGUCAUUUGCGUUCUCAACAGAUUGGAGACCGGAUGGUGGGACGGCGUUUUGAACGGUGUGCGCGGUUGGUUCCCCUCCAAUUAUUGUGAGGUCAUCACAAACCCGGACGAGAUGCCGCAGGUAGAAGACGAACCAUUGGGAGAGGAAGACGAACAUGAGUUUGAAGAACAGUUCGACGACGAAGAGGACGAGUCGGAUCACGAUGGAACAAACGGGCUGCCUCUUGAGGGCACGCAACCUGGCGACAAGUCGAGAGCCGAUUUCUGGAUACCACAAGCAACUCCAGACGGCCGCUUGUUCUACUACAACAUGAUGACGGGUGACCGCAGCAUGGAACUUCCUCUUGAGUCCCCCGUGUCGGCCAGCGAGACUGGGCCCCGAGACCGUAUGAACGUCAGCAUACCAGAUCGAACACGCCCGCCACCUGAGAUGAUGGCCCGCGGUUUGACGCAGGACGAAGACGAGGAUUCAGAAACCAACUCAGCAUCUGAGAUGGAGGGCGAGUCACUAAUGCUUGCCUCUCGAGGUUCAGGGGUAAUGCUCACACCUCUCGAUCCACUUGCCGCUGGUGAAAAUUGCUGA